CUCUAUCUCUCUCCAUUGCUACAACCCUUUUUGCCUUCUAAAGCUUGGGAAGCAGUCCAUUGAUCUUUUCAAUGGAGAAUGAUUUUGUCUGAUCUCUGUUCUAGCUUCCCAAAAUCUCAUCUUUCUCCAUCUCCAACCCUCAAAUUCCUCUUCAACUAUCAAAAGAAGCAAUCUUUUGUCUUCAAAGUGGGUGUUUUUGUGUCUUGAUCUUGGAUUUGUGAUCCAUGAGAGCUGUUUUCCUUUCAAAAUUACAAAAUUUCUCCAGAUAUCAAAGAUUUGGGUGUUGAUCUUUAGUCUGUGAGGAUGAUUCAGUUGUUGUUCUUGGUGCUGUUCUUGGAGGGCGCUGUGGCACUGUUGAUGAUGGUGAAGAUUGGGCCUCUGAGGGAGCUGACCAUGAGAGGGCUGGAUCAGCUCAAGGCCGGGAAGGGGCCGGCGACUGUGAAGACGCUGGCCUGCACCAUGUCGGUCAUCUUCUUGUCGAGUAUCGCCAACAUUCUGAAGAUCCAGAACCGGGGAGCUAAGCUUGGGACUGUGACGCCCAUGGAUCAGGUCUUGUGGAGAACUCAUCUUCUUGAGGCCUCUUUGAUUGGUUACAGUCUAUUUCUUGCAUUAGUGAUUGAUCGGUUGCACUACUACCUUAGGAAGCUGAGCAAUCUGAAGAAAAAAGCCGGAGUUUCAAAUGAGGAAGUUGAAAAGAUUAAAAAAGAGCAUCUUCAUUGGAAAGAAAACGAAGAGAAAGCUUCCGUGGAAAUAAAAAAAAUGCAGGAAGAAAUUGCAACCUUAACAGAGAAGCUACAGAAGACAAAGAGUGAAUUCCAAGAGCAGGAGAAGCGGGCAACAUCGGCUGAAGCCCAUGUGGUGGCCCUCCAGAAACAAUCUGAAGAACUGCUUCUAGAGUACGAUCGCCUUUUGGAGGACAACCAGGUCCUUCAGGCCCAGGCUCUAUCUUACAGAGGUUAAACAUCUGAUCAUUUCAAGGCUUCUGCGUAUCGAAGUGCAGGAACAAAUCAUGCUGUAAUUGUUGUUUGAUCCCUGCUGUGGGAGAUGACCCUCAAGUUUAGGAUUGAUGCUUACUGUUGUAUCGGUUUUGGUUAUGUACGAAAAGUCAGUGCCUACUUGUGCCUCGUGUUUGAUUAAUUUAUUUUAGUGCGCUGUGUGUUUUGGAAUGUACACGGUAACGUUGUGUUUUUAGAUGGCUCUCAAGUUUAUAUUCAAUCAGAAGACGAUAUUUUGUUGAAUGAAAAACAGAAAUUCAUCUUGUUUCA